UAGUUUCUAGUGGCUCGGUUGGAUUUGCUCGUCCACCUGCUUGUUGCGGCUGUGCUGCUGACUGUGGGCACCACACUGGGAAGGGCCCACCGGUCUGUUACUCACCUCCUUCUUCUGGGGUGUGGCUUGCUUGGUGCCAUGGUGCCGAGCCUGACGUGCGGCCGGGGGCUCUGUGACGUGCGUGUGUCACUUCGUGGGGCUGCUACCGCGUCGCGUGCGUCUGGCAUGCCCAGGCUGCUCGCUCGCUUCGCCCACUCGCUAUCGUCCUCCUUUCCGCCCUACUGCUCGCUCUGUUCGUCGCCUCGCUUCGUCCCAUUCGAGCGCCUGCACCAUGGCCAUCCGUUCCUCCAUGGGUGCUGUUGGUUGAGUUUGCCUGGUUUUCACGUUGGCUCCUUCGUAGGAGUGUGGGUCAUUCAGUCCUUGCUGUCCAGGUUGUUCCAUCUUUUACUGAUCUCGUGCACAAUCUCCGUUUAGCUCAUUACUGCGUCUCCAUUCUGCUCGUCCGGCCUUGUCAAGGUUUGCUGCUAUGUGACUCUGCCUGUCUUGCUGCUCUACUUUCUGUUUGUACUUUCAUGUUCUAUAGCCUCUUAAUUGUUUCAGUGUAUGUUCCGGACAUGGCCGGGAGUCAUCUACUUUAUUAUAUAUUUCGUUCUUACAUGUCAGCAGGAUGUGUGCAUUUGUUUCGGUUGUUAUUCCUAUUUUGGAGGUUGUGGUGGCCGAAUGCGCUUUGCCAUCCCUUUUGUACCUGUGGGAGGUCACAGAAGAUGGCUAGCUCUGUCCUUACUGGGGUAGAGCCUGAGCUCUCCCGGGGAUGGUUCUCGUCGAGUGCCUCGGCGAGAGUUUUUUUGGGGCUCAGCCUGUUGUGGGUUCAUGAAUGCUUAUGAACAAGCUGAUUUACACGCCAUAUGUUUUUUACAAGGGCUAUAUGGAUUCGUCGUCCAUGACUAUAACUAUGGUUGUAUGAUGGCCUAUAGGAGAUCUGCACGUUCAUCCAUAGUUAUUGUGGUCUCUGUUGUUCGACACGUUAUGCGCCUGGAGAGAGAGUUGCUUCAUUUGUGGUCUGCACCUACCAAUAUGCCCAUUGUUUUGUCUGUUGUCCCAGUUGUCGCUGAACAGACAAAAGCAAUUGCUGGUACUAACAUUUAGUUUGUGAAUAUACACAAAUUUCCUUUAAAUUGUUUGUAUCAUUGUGUUUA